CAUUGCGUCUCCUCUCUCCCCCCAUUGCAGUGUGCACCUGCGUGGUCCACAAGCGAUGUCACCAGAAGGUCGUCACUACCUGCCCCCGAAUGAAGAAGCCAGCCAAGGAGGAGACCACAGCCCAGGGCUUCAGCAUCAACGUCCCUCACAAGUUCAGCGUCCACAACUACAAGGUCCCCACCUUCUGCGACCACUGCGGCUCUCUCCUGUGGGGAAUCGUCAAGCAGGGCCUGCACUGCAAGAUCUGUAAGAUGAACGUGCACAUCCGCUGCCAGGGCAACGUAGCGCCUAGCUGCGGGGUCAACAGUGUGGAGCUAGCCAAAAAGCUGGCAGAGAUGGGACUACAGGCAGGAGGGCUUCAGAAGAGAAACUCUGUGGUGAGCACUGCCGGUGAAGGCCACGGCCGGCGGGGUAGCGGUGUGCAGAGCGAGGGCCAGCAAGGGGACUCGGAGGUGCAGACCCGGCGCCUGGGCAUCUCAGACUUCACUUUCCUGCAGGUGUUGGGCAAAGGCAGCUUCGGAAAGGUGAUGCUGGCUCGUUUGAACAGUACGGAGCAGGUGUUCGCAGUGAAGGUGCUGAAGAAGGACAUCAUCCUGCAGGACGAUGAUGUGGAGUGCACCAUGACGGAGAAGAGGGUUCUGUCUCUCGCCCGCUGUCAUCCCUACCUCACCCAGCUCUACUGCUGCUUCCAGACCUCCGACCGUCUCUUCUUUGUCAUGGAGUUCGUCAACGGGGGCGACCUCAUGUUCCACAUACAGAAGUCUCGGAAAUUCGAAGAGGGGCGAGCGCGAUUCUACACGGCCCAGAUCACCUCCGCCCUCAUGUUCCUACACUCCAAGGGCAUCAUCUACCGAGACCUGAAGUUGGACAACGUGCUCCUGGACAAGGACGGCCACUGCAAGCUGGCCGACUUCGGCAUGUGCAAAGAGGGGAUGUUUGAGGGCUUGGCCACCGGUACCUUCUGCGGCACCCCAGAUUACAUCGCCCCGGAGAUCCUGCAGGAGAUGCUGUACGGGCCCUCGGUCGACUGGUGGGCGCUCGGCGUGCUGCUCUACGAGAUGCUGUCUGGCCACGCCCCCUUCGAGGCAGAGAACGAGGACGACCUCUUUGAGGCCAUCCUUAACGAGGAGAUUGUCUAUGCGUCCUGGCUGAGCACCGACGCUGUGGCCAUCCUUAAAGCUUUUCUCACCAAGAACCCGCUGCGUCGGCUGGGCUGCGUGGCGGCGGACGGCGGGGAGAACGCCAUCGUCAGCCACGCCUUCUUCUCGGGCGUCGACUGGGAGAAGCUGAACCGCAAGGAGAUCGAGCCGCCUUUCAAGCCCAGGAUUAAAACUCCGGAGGACGUUAAUAAUUUCGACCCGGACUUCACUCGAGAGGAGCCCACGCUCACGCCCAUCGAAGACUCGCUGAUCCCCGCCGUCAACCAGGAGGAGUUCCAGAGCUUCUCUUUCACCUCCCCGGAUCUGCUUCUUGGCUAGCGCUUCUGCUCCUCUGUCCCUCUCUCCCUCCCCAUCCCUGUCUUCCUCUUCCGCUUCCUCUCUGCUUUAGUGCUGUCUGCACCCGCCUGUCUGUGUGUCUCUGCCUUCACCUUCACUUCCUUCCUAUUCCUCCUGCCUCUUGCAGCUGCUGUGACUGAGCAUGGUGUACCCAAAGACCCUGAUGCAGUGCAUGCUGGGUGUGUGGCCUCGCCAGCGUCCCCAGGCAAGCUGGGCUGCAGGGCGCUACACAGAGCGCCCGGAACAUUGGGCACUCCCACACCUGUCACCAUGCCCUGGGAGGGGGGGCAUUCUGAUAGGAUCACGCCACCAUAAGGAGCCCGGGUGUUUGGCUCCCAGGGGGAGGGGCUGAGAGCGCAGAGAUGUGGCGAUACUCUGGUCCUGACGAUUUCUCUCAGAACGACCUUUUCAUUCAACAUCCCCCUCUUUUCCUUUAAUCUCCACCGUUUAAAUUUCAAUUCUUUCUAUUUUUUUCUUGUUUGAACUUGCCCAGUACGCGUCAAAACAACGCGAGUGAAAUUUGCAUUCAGGUACUUUGAGGCGAUGGGCGGUGCUCGCUGUCUGAGUGGCGCGGGGACGUUUUCCGCCGCGCGCGUCUCACCCAAAGAGGCCGAGCGCUACGUGCGAUUGCUCACGUCAGCUGCGCCCCCUUCGCUAAGAGCGCUGAAUAUAGAGUGCGAACCCGAAUCUGACGCACACCGCGGCCGCGCACAGCCUCAGCCCACCGCACCACGGUGAGUCACAGCAGGCAGCUUCCAGUAGACGCGGCUGUUGGGCAGUCCCUUACUGCCGAGGCUUCCUGCCAGCGUCAGGCCACUCAUCAGCAUCCCAUGGAAGGGCCUUGUGAAAUACUUUUCCGGUGAUGUGGUUCUCAGAGCUGGACUAUUAGCCUGAAGAGAAAAUGGAUGCCAGAUUACUUGACAGUUCAGCCUGUUGGUUUCUGUGAAGGCAGGAUGGGGGAAGAACAGAGAAUUUGUUUUAGACACUGGCUGUGCGGUUCAUAACAGUAAACUGCAUUACUUCAAUGGCCGUACUCUUCUGUUUGUGUGUCUGUUUGCAUUUUUUUGGGGUCUUGGAGCCAUCUCAGUGAUCUCUACCAGUCAUCUGUCAGGAAAUACGCCGUGUGGGUCUGUUGUGCUAUGCGUGUGGCCAGCCGUUUCUCAUUCACUUACACGUACCUCCACGAGCCACUCCUUAAGCCAGACUCAUCCAGUGCAAUCUUAUUCAUCGCUUGCCUGAAUGCAAUGCUUUCAGUUACCACAAAAAGCCUUCUGCAUAGAGAAGGACUGAAAGAUCUCAUGUAGAGACUUCAAAGCUGUUGCCUUUAGUCCGUGAUCUGAACAGCCUGCUUUUGGUUUACUGAAACAUGAGAGGUCAGAAUAGCCGAUAUGUAUCUAGUAUAUACGAGUGAGACAAACACAGUUGUUUUACUUACCUUUAUUUCAAAAUAUUAGCGGUCUCCAGUGCUCCGUCUGUUGUAACCAUGACUGUAAAAGAAGUAAAAGUGGUUGAAAAGAGUUUUAAAAAAUCAACAAAUGCAAUUUAUUUAUUUGUACACAUUGCUUAUCUGGAAUAAUGUACUGUUAUUAAAACUAUGUUAACAAAUGUGAAUCUCACAAAUCGUUUUGAAUUGUAUUAAAGGGCAUAGUUUUUCAGGUAUUAUUGAAUGUACAUUUGCUGGAUUAUUGCGCAUUACAUUCCGUCACAUAGAGCCUGUGGAAUGGGGUGAGGGCAUUGAGGCCUACCAAGAAUGUACAGAACUAGUCCUUUUUACCCACUCUGAUGACUGUUGACUUACACGUCUGUAAAUAAUUAUGCUUUCACUGUAGUACUGGUACACUUGAGCACUGAAUCAAAUCUCUCGUGAGAUGACCCUGUCGGCGGCAUGCUGUCUGUGUCCUGCACAGUGACACACUGGCUGUGGUUCAACACGCAGCUGGAUGGCCUCUUUUGUUCCAGGCACAUUCUCAGUACUGCAGAAUAAGUAUAAAAAAACACACAUACAAAGUAAAAUAAAAAUCUAAUUGAUGA